UGUUGUUCAAUCAGUAUGCUGGUCUAAUAAUCUAAUUAUUAAUGUAACAACGUGGGAUUUGUGGCUGCUCGCCCCCAAACAGGCUUCUCCGCAGUCAGUCUCCUGACUACUGAUAGAACACCUGCAUCCAGUUCCCUACCCGGCUUCAUACCCCUGCUUCACACUCUCACGUUGUUGGAAAUCGUAUCAUUAAUACUGGACCUUGCUCCUUUCUUCUUCCCUGCUUUGACUCGCCUGGCUGCAUUCUGGACUUAAAUAUUUCUGUUCUCAUUUCCCUCCAUCAGAGAAAAUGUUGUUCCUUUUGCUUCUCCAUCUGACCUCCUCUGUCUGUGGAGAGUUAAGAGAGAAAACAACUUUCUAUCAGGCAGAGGAGGACGACAACAUCACCAUCAGAUGGGACAGCCAGAACCAAACAGACAUGUCUCUCACCAACAUCAUCUGUGUUCUUCUCUCAAAACCUGAGAAAGUUUUCUAUGAACUGAUGGAUGGUGUUGAGCUUCCAGAGUCUCAGUAUCAGCAGUUUUCAGGACGAGUUCAGUGUGACAGAGACGCUCUCAGAGAAGGACGAGUCACACUUCAUCUGUCCAGAGUCACAGCUGAAGACUCUGGAAGGUACUGGUGUGAAAUUAAUAAUUAUAACAAGACCUUAAGGCGAUGGGAGCUUCAGGCUGAGAUUAAUUUUGUUCUGAAUGUGACUCCAGCUUCUCAUGAGGAAAGUUUCACGUCUCCCAUCACAACAAAGCCUGGAUUUGUCAUUAUUAAAGGUGCAACACACCGAGAGGGUGGACUAUUGAUUGAUAUGAUUUUGCAUGUAUUGGUAAUGGGUGCAUUUGUUUGUGGAGUUAUUGUAGGUAUACGAGAAAUGGUUUACAUUGGCAGACGUCAGAAAGGUAGGCUUCAUUAGCUGUCAUGACUCUUCUGUCGAGAGAGAGAGAGAGAGAGAGAGAGAGAGAGAGCUGACAGAUGUUAAAAUUCUCUCCUAAUAAUUUAGCUUCAGUCUGUAACAUUUAAUUAUUUAAAGACUUCCAGCUGUCAGAUGGUGAGUUUUCUUCUUCUCUGAUCAGGUUUGUCUGGUUUGUUUCUUUCUUUAAGUGGGUGUUGAUGAGACAAACUCUCCUGUACUUUAUGUAAACCUGUAAUUCAGUAGGAGUAAAACUAUGUAAUCCAUCAGAGUAACGUGUAAUAAUAUUACUUGUGAUCAUGAAGAGUCUGAAAUGUGCAGCUCAGUCUCACCACUUUUAUUUCUCUAAUUCUAACAAAAUCAGAAUAUUUUUGUCAUGAAAAUUUUGUAAAAUACUGAGUCAAUAACUCAGUAUGUAUAACUGUUUUUGUGUAUAUAAAUGUGUGUGUUGCUGUCAGGUCUGAUUGUUCAUCACAGUGAACAUCAGCUCUCAUCAUGUGCUCCAGCUUCACAGCUGUGUCAUCAUGUAGGUCAAAGGUCAGACUGAUCCUGCUUUCUGACUCCACAACAACACAAGUGAAGCAUCAGGACCAGACAUGAGAAGACUCUGGUCCAGGAAAUCCACACUGUGGAUCAGGUUGUAGCUGAGAGGAAACAGCAGAGAGGAGCUUUAAUAACACUGAGACACGAGAAGAAACUGGAACCACAGGAGUUUGUAUUUAAUAUCUCCAUGAAGCACUUUUAUUCUGAACGUUGUCAAAAACUUUUUAUAUUUCUUGAGUUUCUUUCUGUACAAGUUUUAAUGUUCAAAGCAAGUAGAGGAUUUUAAAGGUUUAACUGACUGCAGAGGCGUUGGGGGGAUAGUGUUUUACAGAUGUGUUACAGAUGUCUUCUUCUUGUUGAACCAUGCUUUUUACUUUCAUCAUGUAGAAGACUUUCAUAUUGUUGUGGAAAAAUUACCACGAGUCUGGAAUGAGUAAAGUAUAUAAGGUUUAUUUACAGGAGAAGUAUUGAAUAAAGAAUUACUUGCAAAUAAUGAGAGUGGUCGUCCAGACUCACAUGAAAUCGGGAGAGACUCUGAGGAUUCAUCAGAGAGAAACAGUUUUAUUCAGCUGGUCCCCAGCUGAAGGUCAAACAGCAAAAUAAUAAAUGAGGAAUAGAAGACUUAGUGGCGCCACUUUCUUCC